UUUUUUGUUUCAUCAAUUUACCUGUCAUCACGAUCGCCGUCCGGUAUGUAUAAACCUUUGCACGUACUGCUCGCGGCUCAGCUGACUCUCUCAAUUGGCACGACAGCGCCAGAGGGAGAGAGCGAAAACCGGGUCUGGUGUGACACCAACACACUGAACCAAAAACCCAAACGACACAACCGUGAAGCUCGCAUCGCCAGAACCCAAUCUCAUCGGAUACAGAACCGGACCGCAUUAUAAUCGUGGGACGGCGUGUUGGUCGUGCGUGAACGAAGAAGCGUGUUUGUGUCCAGAGCACCUGCAAGACAUCCGGUUUACAUCCUUCCGCAGCCCGUGCAGCAGUUCCGUUCGUAGCAUCAGAGCGCCCGGGUAUGCCAGUCCGGCUAGUUCGGCAUUCCGUGAGACGGUCCAGGGCAAGGAAGUGAUAAAUACUGCAGCCUCUAGCCACCCGAAGCUACAUAAACCCGUGGUUGUACAGUGACCGGAAAGAGUCAGGCUGCACCAGUGCUUCAACCAAAACGCAUUUCCAACCCGUGUACAGUUAGUGAUAAUAGUGAACAACAAAGUUAUCAAGUAAACAGUGCAUCCACCAACCCAACUACCAAACCACCAAACCACCCAUCCCAUCUUUUGGCUCCGGAUCAGUUCAAAUUGUUCUUGGAAACGUCUGUUUUGUUUUUCCUGUUGGAUUCGGCAUCAAAAUUACCGGUUAAACGUUCUGUUUUCCACCCCGUAAAUCAACCAAUCUCUCUCUACUCAGUCUCAUUUUCCCGAUUUCGUUUCUGUGUAUGCGUGUGUAUAAAAGUGUAUAAAAAUUGCAAACAAAAAAAAUAAAAGACAGCACCACUAAAACCAACCACUGAAUGUGAGGAAACAGAUGAGCUGGUUUUUGUUGAAAAACUUUUUGUGAAAAUUGUGAAAUUUUGCGGUGUAAAAAUUAAACUGUGCUGCUUGUGCGUCCAUGUCCAUGUGUGUGAGUGUACAUAUAGUUGAAGCGAAGCAUAGAAUUUGUCUACCAAUGCGUGAGUAAGGUUACGAAUAGCGCAACAACAACAACAAAAACUUUCAAGAAGCAAAAAAAAAACGAAACAAGCGAAACGACAAAAAUAGCUUGCAUUAUUUACCAGUAGGAACAUCAUCCGUAAAGGAAGCUGCGUGUUUGUGUAAUGUGAAAAAGUGUGCGGUUUUUACUGUUCUGGAAAAUCGAGCCUCAUCAGAACGGUGGCGGCGAGUAGCACGACAGCACGAGCUUACGAGUAAGGUAAUGAGCAGCUUCUCACCGGUGAGAUUUGUUGUUCACGUUUAAUCGGUUCCGUUCCUCGUGCGAUCUUCUCUGGUACACGCGGGUGUUCCAGGAAUCUCUCUGUUGCUCUCGCAAACCGUAAUUGUGCGUCGAAAUGCGUGUAUAUUUGCGUGUAUAAUACUGUGGUCCAGCUCUAUAUUGAAGCACCAGCUCAUCCCAAUAAUCGUAUGCGUACCGUGCAUGGUUUGCGUGUGUUUGUAUAUGGUUGCGCAAACAUUUGCAACCAAGAACCGGCCCCUCGGAUCGGUGAGCUUUUUCGAGCAUCGUUUUCCUUUUACGCCCGGUGUGUAAAUAGUAAUAGAAACGAUAGUUUUGAAUAAUUCUGCUGCAGAAGGUGUGGGUGCGUGCUUUAUGCGUAAAACGUUCGCGUAAAAAACGAUUGUUCCUAGUGAGUUCUAGACUGUUUUACGCACCGUCUCACACACCCUAGUCUACGUGUGUGUGUGUGCGGUUUGUGUCCCUUGUGAAUUAACCAUUUUUCACCAUACCGUGCCGUGGUGUCCUUUAAUGUGCAAAAGUCGUACGAGUUGAAUUGUACAGUGUGUAAAUCGAUCCUAUCAACCGUUGGAGCAUGCGUUGUUGUGCGUGAGAUAGAAUCUGUCAAAAGUGAGAUGCGUUCAUGAGUUGUUCACUACAAAGCUGAGUGAGUGAGAAAUAAGGAAGCUGCAAAACGUGAAAUUUUUUUUUGUUAUACAUACAUCAACCCACAACGUUGAAUGUGUUUGUGUGUAUACGUGCGUGAGUACAGAUAAAGUUCAAUUGAAUGAUUACAAUUGACCGUGUGUCUACCCUUCGUGUUGCGAAUUGGUGAAAGCAAAGAAUAGAAAUAGAACGGUUUGUUGUCGUUCUGUUCGAAUGUGAAAGUGCUGAAAGUGAUUGUUUUUUUUUUGCGAUUUCAUACGCAAAGUGCAUCGUUGAUUUCGUACGUAAAUCUUCCACUUAAAAGUUGUGCUGCGGCGUGUGUGAAACGGCUCCUGCAGCGUUCAAAGGUGGCGCAGUGUGUUUUAAAGUGGUGUACAUGCGUGUUUGUAUAUCGGUGUGCGUGCGUGCUGUUGCAUAGAUGCAAUUGUUUUUCAUCUACUCCACGAACAAGGAGUCUCCUGAUUGGUGUGGCGUGUGAUGAGUUUUUCCCCAUUUGUAUCAAUUCGAUUAAUGUGAAUCAAAAAGCAGUGUAAUCCACCUAAAGCACGUCGUUUUGCGAAGUGUUUGAAUAGCAUUUGUAAAGCGGUGUAUUGUGUAAAAAUAAUAAAAAUAAAGCCGUGAUUUGUUCGUUGCGCUCACACAACAACAAAAAAAGAAAUCAUUUGCAACAUAACGCAUCGUUCAAUCCUGAAACGUCCAACAACAACAGCCUUUUUGCAUUCCUAUCGGGUUGUGUUUGAUAGUGUUGUGCUGUGUUUAAAGCAUUGCUCCAUCAAAGAAGGCGCUGCGGAUUGCUAUCUGGCGGCCCCCGAUUUUGUGCGUGUGCGUGUGCUGCGUUAUUGCAUCUGCCUGGCGGUUAAACAACGCGACGACGACGACGACGACGACGACUACGGAGUACUGUAGCAGCAACCGAGCAGCCCUAGACACACGCAUACUAACGCAGCUCCUGGGGGUUUGCGCUCAACAAACAAAACCAUCCCAAAAAACCGCAGCGUACGCGCUACAUAGCGCCAGAGCAAGAGCGAGAAGUUGUUUUCAAACAAAAACCACAUUUCUCAUCGAGCGUAGAUUGAACCGCGCGGCUCAUCUUUUCGAGCGUAAUUGCGUGCGUGCGGGCGCGCGUGUGUGUGAGUGUGAGGCAACUCACAACCCGCAACUUGGUGGAUCUUCUUCUUCUGCGGUGCACUGCAACAUCUAAAGCUCCCCGGACGGACACGGUUUACUGCUGCCGAUAGUAUAGUGUAGUGAGCUGAGCACCUCCACGUUACAGCAAAAAACCCUCCCCCAAAAAGUAACAAGGGCACAUCGGCCAAGACGACGAAAGAGACAGCGACGACGGCUACGAUCGUACCGGAAACGGUUGCCGCCAGUAUGAAGCUGCUCGGGGGUCACGAUGACGGUGGUGGACGAAAUGCGGCUCCGAUCCGUACGCAGGACGAUGCCGCUGUCGGUUACGUGUUUCAGCGGCAUCCGAACGAGACCGAGUUCAACCAGUUCGCACAGAAGCAGUCCCGGUGGGCAUCCGGGGAUGACACCAUUAUCGAUAACCAGGACAAGUGGAAGUACAAUCCCGCAAUACCGAACAACACGCCCGGUGGGCUCUUGCCGCCGCCGAUCGUUUCCGGCGUAAAGCAACAGCAGCAAGUCGCUCAACAGCAGCAACAGCAGCAGCAAUCGCUGCAGCAGCAACCACCGAUGCAGCUUCCCCAUCAGCCGCACCAACAUCAGGUGCAGCAGGUUCAUCAACAGCAGCAGCAGCAGCAGCAACAGCAGCAACAUCAACAGCAGCUACAACAGCAGCAGCAGAUGCAACAUCAGCAGCAUCAACAGCAGCAGCUGCCAAUGAUCAACCAUCCAUCGCAGAUGGCCAAUCACAUGAAUCACCAGAAUCAUCUGAACCAGACGAUGCUGAACCACGCCACAAUGAACAGCGGUGGCCUGCCGACGAUGCAGAUGGCAAUGCAGGGCGGCAUGUACGAUCACAUCCAUCCGCCGAAUGUGAACGUGAAUGUAAACGGUGUCGGUGUACCGAAACCACCCGGACCGGAACAGCAGCUCGUGUAUCUGAGCGGUGGUCAGCAGUACGGAACGGUUCUGGCCGCCCAAAGCCAAUACAUACCACGGAAUAAUUCAGCGAUAAAUACAUCGACUGCAAAGAAGUUGUGGGAAAAGGGCGGUAGCAAUGAUGUUAAGGUAGCUGCGGCAGCAACUGGUCCACUGCCGCCACUACAGCUGCACGGUACUACAGAUCAUCAGGUAUGGCGCGAUUCUACCUGGUCAUCUCAGGGCGAUGCCAUCUUGGCACCGCGCCGCAUUUUCCAACACGCACCGGAAACAAAUCCGACGGGUUCGACCGGAAUUUUAAGCCCACGCGACUCCACUGGAGGGUUGGGUGUGAAGAUGGUAGAGUACGUACUCGGUGGGUCACCGACAAACAAGGAAAGCCCGCUGGCUAGCUUGGACUCGCGCUUCAAGGGAUUGAAGUUUGAUGAUGGAGACAAGACUUCCGAUGAUAAAGACAAAGCGAACUCACCUUUUGAAACGAACGGUGUAAAGAAGGAAGAGGUAGUACCCGGUGCAAAUGGCGUUGUGAUGGUGAAUGGUAUCGAUGACGACAAGGGUUUCAAUCACCUUUCGUUCCAAAGCCGUACACCCGGUUCGCGCCAACCGUCCCCUGCCGAAGAGCAGCUGCCGCGGCCCAACAUGCUGGACCCGACGGGCGUACAUGGAUCCGGAUUUCCGCAGCAUCCGUCGCUGCACAAUAUGCUCGGUUCUGUGGCACCCGGUGGCAAUGACGUAACGCAACAGGCGGCCGCACUCGGCUCGUACCAUCCGCAGAUGAUCAAUCAGAUGGGCCAAAUGGGGCAGCACGGACAGAUGAACCCGAUGAAUCAGCUGAACCAGCUAAAUCAACUGAACCAGAUGCAGAGCCAUGUGAUGAAUGGUGUUGGAGGCAUGCCUCAGAUCGCGCAGAGUCCUAUGGUGAACCAGCUUGGACAGGGUCCGAGUCAAAUAGAUUCGCCGGCCAAUCUUUUACAGCAGCCGCACAACUACGAAUUACAGCAACUUUUCCGCUCGAAUCCGGGCCUUACGGCAGCCAACUCGGCCGUCCCAGGUGCGCCGAACGGUCAACCACUGCCCCAGUCGGCUCUCUCGCUUUCGGCCGCCCAGCAGCAACAGUUCCUGCAGCAUAAUGCAGCGUACGCCGCCCAGCAGGCACCACCGUACGUCAUUAACCCGGGCCAGGAUCCGUCCCAGUACAUGGGAGCGCUCAUUGCGGCGGGCGUACCACAAUACUAUGCACCCGCACCGUGGAGCGUGUAUCCGGCCAAUCUGGCCAUUCCGCAGCAACAGUCACAGCCCCGACGGCCGCUCACCCCAUCGCAACAGGGAGCGGAAAACCAACCGUAUCAGGUGAUAUCGGCAUAUUACGACACGAGCGGUUCGCUGGUGAUGGGACCACGCACCGGAACGCCGAUGCGGCUCGUCAGUCCGGCCCCGCCAGUGCUGGUGCCGCCCGGUGCAGCUGGUCCGCGGGCACCCCAAGCGCCCCCGAUUUAUCCUCCGCAGCCACAGACCGCCCAGCAGAAUGUCUACUCGGCCCAAAACGGAUCCAACGUAGGAGGACUCGGUGCCUUGAACACAUCAUCCCUGACCACACGUCGGGAUUCGUUUGAUCGCAAUACAUCGGCCUUCAGUCCUUCGCUGGACUAUACCUCGAGUGCCUCGGCCAACACAAUGGCGAUGAAUGCUGCUGCGGCCGUAGCUGCUUCGGCGGCCCGCAAGUGGCCUGUCGGUGCUGGAAAUUACAGCGGUCUCGGUACGGUAGCGGCUGCCUCGGCUAGCCCGCUAGGGCCUUCGCUCACACCACCGCCGGUAUCGAAUCUUGGCGCCCUGGUAACAAGCCGUGCGCCCGGUGCAGAGACAAAGUUCCGACAGGUAAAUCCCGGCCUUGUGCCCGGUAUAUCGACUGCAAACGCGGCCAUGUUUGGGUCGAACAAUUGUGCCGCACAGGCAAUCCUAUCGCGACUCUCCAGUGCGGUGGCACGCCCAACUGCAGCACCCGCGGCCGCUCCGGUCGUACCGGGCGCUGCCCCGGGUCUGGAUCGACCACCGGGCCGUUCCCGGCUGCUAGAAGACUUCCGCAACCAGCGCUACCCGAACCUGCAGCUGCGCGAUCUCACCAAUCACAUUGUGGAGUUCUCGCAGGAUCAGCACGGAUCGCGCUUCAUUCAGCAGAAGCUGGAGCGAGCCAUUAGCGUCGAGAAGCAGCUCGUAUUUAACGAAAUACUUGGAGCAGCCUACAGUCUCAUGACGGACGUGUUUGGCAACUACGUCAUCCAGAAGUUCUUCGAGUUUGGCUCGCCGGAGCAAAAGCAAGCACUGGCGCAGCAGGUCAAAGGGCACGUGCUGCCACUAGCACUGCAGAUGUAUGGUUGCCGGGUUAUACAGAAGGCACUGGAAAGCAUUCCGGCGGAACAGCAGCAGGAGAUUGUGCGUGAACUGGACGGGCACGUGCUUAAGUGCGUAAAGGAUCAGAACGGCAACCAUGUGGUGCAGAAGUGCAUCGAGUGUGUCGAUCCGGUCGCGUUGCAAUUCAUCAUCGACGCAUUCCGCAAUCAGGUGUACUCGCUCAGUACACAUCCGUACGGUUGUCGGGUGAUCCAGCGGAUACUGGAACACUGCACACCCGAACAGACGGCACCGAUAUUGGCCGAACUGCAUGCCAACACCGAGCAGCUGAUCCAGGAUCAGUACGGAAACUACGUCAUCCAGCAUGUAUUGGAACAUGGAAAGCCCGAGGAUAAAUCUGCCCUGAUUGCCAGCGUCCGUGGUAAAGUGUUGACUCUCUCCCAACACAAAUUCGCCUCGAAUGUGGUGGAAAAGUGUGUCACACAUGCUACCCGCGCGGAACGUGCACUACUGAUAGAGGAAGUGUGUUCAUUCAAUGAUGCUGGACUUCACGUCAUGAUGAAGGAUCAGUACGCGAAUUAUGUGGUACAGAAGAUGAUUGACGUGUCUGAACCGACGCAGCGCAAAGUGCUACUGCACAAGAUUCGACCGCACAUGAAUUCGUUGAAAAAGUAUACAUACGGCAAACACAUCAUCGCAAAGUUGGACAAAUUUUCGCUCAAGACACCAAAUUCCCUUGCCGGGGGUGGUGGUGCCGGUGGAGCUGGAAACUCUGCCGCUAGUACUGCCACCGGUGCAAAUGGUACUGCUGGUCCAGCGGUUGGCAGUGCCGGCAAUGGUACCAAUGGUAGUGUUAAUGGAACUAAUGGUGAGCUCACUGCCACUAGCACCGCAAACGGAACGGUUGUAAACAAUGGAACUAAUGCGAACGGUGCUACAGUAUCAGCUGGCGCUGCCGGAUCCGUAGCGGGCAACUGUAACGCUACGAGCGGCGUGGCAGGAAGCAACAAUGGAAGCGUUAGUGGCGGUAGCACCAACGGUACCAACGCUGGCCUACGUCCGAUCGGACCUCCAACAAAUGGAGUAAUGUAAGGUUGAUCGUGUCGCAAGCAUAGUCGAAAAAGGGGCUUACAGCAAGUAGAUAGAGUGUAAAUAUGUAUUGUUCGCUAUUUUCGAAUAUUUAGCGGUUACGUUCGAAUAACGUUUAGUGUGUCCCCUUAGUAACAGCAUACGCGUUUAGAACCAUAAGAAUGGGUGUAAAUGGUCGAAUCUUUAUCAUUUUACGAAUUAUCCCAACACUUUUCUGUUUGGACCAAGUAACUAACGUUAUAUGUUUCUACUACGUUGAAUAAGCUUAUAAUUUAAAAAAAAAAAGCACAAACGGAUAAAACAAAGGGGAAAAAAAGGAAACCGAAGUCAAUAUUCGCUUUCGAACGAAUAGUGAAGCUCACCAGCGAAAGUAAAGCUUCUCAGUGCUAGUACUGUCUGAACGUUUUGUUUGUUUUGCGUCACCUUCAUACAUUUAUAUAAUUUGUGUACAUUUUUAUUUUGUGUACGGUGUUCGAUCUCAAUUCUAUAAACGAAACGAUAGCAGAGAAAGUAAAUUUAGCAGAUCAACGAUGAUCGAUCAGUGCGAAUUUGUGUAAUGAAAAAAAGGCGCAACACAUUCGCAUAUAUUAAAACAACAACGCAUACGCAUGGUUUGCUUAAUGCCUUGAUGUAAGUAGUAAAGUUUUUAGUUGAAAUAAUCCUUUCCCGCGCAAAGGUUUAGAAGCCAAACAUUUUGUAUUAGGUGGAAAUGAAAUUAGAGCGUGCAGGAUAAACCUCUCCGGUCGUAUAUGUUUGUUCGGUUACUUUCGAGAACAAAUGGUCGAGUCAAUUGAACGAAUCUGGUGGAAUAAUUACACUUAACGUUCAUGAUCGAUCUUCAACUGGAUAACACUACUAUGUCCUUUAGUUUCAUUUGUCUCAUUUGUGCUAUGUGAAUGUUUGCUUUGCAAAUUCCAUGCUCCAAAUCCCAACCGUAACCAGCAAACCAUGCAAAUAAAAUGCAGUGCAAGUGUAAUGCAAUAGUGUUGUAGUGUGACUCAGAGUACCCGUAAACGUAAUAUUUAUAACAAAUCCCGUACAGGCGCAUUCUCGCGAUAGAACAAGUAUAAAAGUACAGCAUAAUAAUAUGGUAGUGCGACAAACCACUUGGUAAAAAAAGCUGUGGAACUAAUGGAGCUUACUAUUUGUUGUGGUAAGUGUUUCGCUGUCGGGUAGAACAUUAAGCACAUAAAGCGAUCGAAUAAUGUAACGUUUGUGAUCGCAUUGAACGAACAACAGAGUGAAGGGAAUUUGGCUAACAAUCAGAUUGUUAUGGUACUAACAGAUUAGAACCGAAGCAGCAUUCCACUACAGAGUGAAGAGUGAAAAUCUAUUCUUCAACUGCUACUUCUAGCAAAUAUAUAUGUAUGUAUGUGCGUAUGUAUGGUACGAAGGAAUAUCAUAGCAGGGGAAACACACAACUAAUCGCUGCAAAAAAAAAAAUGUGUCGCACAUUUUAAUGCUGCAAAUUGCACAUGUAUAAUGCUGAUACUCAGCCACUAGUAAAUAGUGGCGCACUGUUUUUUGAUAGAAGAAAAUCCUCCCUAUAUAGAUGAAUGAACACUGCUUCCCUCUCCGUUACGAGGAGAGGGACCAUUAAAAAGAUGGAAGGGUUGAAACCUUUAAGCAACGUUUUGUGUGCCCGUUUAAUGUUAGCAUGUUUUAAGUACAUUCAAUGCAGCAAAAACAAAAGCAAACAAAAAACGAACAACUGUUGAGAAAGAAUAAUUAGUAGUAGCAAUAUACUGCUCUAGCGAUACAUAGAAAUGAGCAGCGCAGAAAUAUCGAUUAUUUUUAAUUAUUAACUAGGAAGAAGCUGGCAUAGGGAUCAUUUUUUCAAGAACGUUAAGGGCAAGAAAAAUACAGUCCCACAUCCACAUCCAGAAAGGCAGACGUGAGUUUUUUUCAAAUUGAAACCAUUUAUCAGCAAGCGAGCCACGUUCGGUGUGGGCUGCUAACAACCAAGUGGCCGACAGUAGUAAUAGUAGUAGUAGGUGCACGUUGCAGCAUUUUUGGUGGAUGGUGGACUGCGUAGUGCGUACAAACAGGUACGCACAGGUAUUGGCAUCUUAGAAUUAAUGUAGUACACAGUUUUACGUAAGCAGAAAUGUAAGCAAAAAAACCAAUUAACUGCCAUCCCAGUCCAACGUAGAUAUUUACGUAGGUGCGUUCUGGUGAUGUGUGUCCGCUUGGUAAGCGUUUAGUUUAGUCUAACAUUUCAAGCACUAUUGUAGCGCGAGUUAGCGAUUUUCCCAAGUACCGUUAGCAAACCGCGAAUGAUGAUGAAUGAAUGACAGUCAUUUACUUUAUUCUCCUUCAUCAGUUUUUUUCCCCACUCAAAACGAUAGCAUUAGGAAGUCUAAACACGUAUCAAAUCAAAACCUACUUGAAAUGUAUCAAUUAACGCAACGAUAUAAGCUCCGCAUCUUAUUUAAUCAUUUUAAAAACAAUAGAUUUUUCUCGAUCCAUUUACGAAACAAAACAACAAAAAACUACACAACAUUAUACACCGAUGUUGUAUCGAACCACACACAGCAGACAACAGAAAAUGGAGCCAAUGUACCCAAUUGCUCGUGGUCUGGUUGUAACCGUACAGUUGGAGGGCAUUAAUGCACCAAAUGCGCGGGGAUGUGUGAAUGUGGUUUUGGGUAUUUACUACCCUUCCGAACAUCAUAAACGAAAUGAAUAGAUUUGCACGAUCAUGAUCGUGCACAUUUGAUAUGACAACAACAGUGUACUAUUUGUAAGCUCAUUGCAUAGUCCCUAGUUCUUAUCAUGGUAGUAACAUAAUUAACUAACGAAUAGUAAACUGUAAACGUAACGAAACUCACGCAUAAUGCAAACCGACUGCUGACAGCAGCGUAGAAUUAUUCGAGGUCGCGCAUACUCCUCCUAGCGAUCGUUGUAGCGACGAAUGAAGGAAAGCGAACUUGUCCAAGACUGGAGUUUGAGAAUUUUAACACAACCUGGAAAGAGAAACUAUUUCUUUUUUUUUAAAUAUGAUGCUAAAAUACCCACAUCGUCUGAGUAAAGUUGUAAUGGAAAGGGACCGAUUUUUGGCAUUAUACUUGUGGCGCCGUAAAACGAAACGAAUCUGCAGCACACUAACAAAUUCACCAGUCCCAGUCGAGUGUUUCCACGCAUUCGAAAUACCAUAAUUUAUUCGGUACGAAUGAAAUCAGUUCGAAUGUUUUGCGUCACUACCCACAACAUAUAUGCUCAUAGCUUUUCUAUCGAGUAUUAUCUCUAGUUAAAAGAUUGGCCCGUUUUUUUUUUUUUGGUUUGUUCGACAUAUUACUUUGAUAUAAUUUAUUUACGUUAUGCGUUUUGCACUAUCAACACGUGCAUGUAUAUUUUAAUCAAACUUAUAAUUUUAAUCAAUAACUAAUGAGAAAAGGGGAGGCGUAUAAAAUUAGCAAAAUAUGCAUUUUUUUGUUUGGCGACAAAGAACAAAACCCAUAACUGUAGAACAAUUAUUUCAUAGAAGAAUUACGGUGUUUUACUGUCACCACACUAUUUUUUUUUCUUUAUAACAUGGGUUUAUGUGUAAAACCUAAUUUCAUUUAAUUUGCAAACAUUGAAUGCAAACGAAAUUAAUGUGCAUUCAUUAGAAUGGUAUCACAUUACUGGGUUUUUUGAUGUUGCUUUAUAAAUGCAAACUAUAAAAAAAUACAUAUACAUAUUAAUAUUUGUGCUAUGUUAAAUCAAUUAAUGAACACAGUGAAAACACUGUGAAGUGCGUGUGUGAGGGGGGAGCUUAUAGCAAUUGUCUCACGAAUCAUAUAUAAAUAUUCCUCAUAAUGGAUAGACUUUCUUAGAGAAACGAUUUUCUAGAAUUUAAUAUAAAAAAAACUGUUUGAAAACGUAAAAAAACAACCCCUGCCACAGGGCAGUAAAAAAAAUAACGAAAACUUUAAAUAAGGAUUGAUUGAUGCAAAACCAUAAACCCAUUUAAAGAAAAUCCAUGAGCUGUAGAAGAAGGAAGGUGACACGGAAAUGCUUCACUAUUGAAACUAUGAAAACAGAACUAGAACUUGAUAUAUAUUAACUUCCAAUUUUUUUCCCCGUUAUACAUUUAUAUACAUAUAUAUAUAUAUACAUACAUAUAUAGACAGCUUAUAAGUUGUGCAUACUGUUUUAGUGAGUCGCAUAGGGGGUGAUGCCGCCGUAUAAGCAUAAAUCCGGUAAUGAAACCGUUUAGUGAAAAAUGAAAACAGAAAAAAAACCGGCGAAUGCAAAACAAAACCUGUACUGCAAAUAUGAUCCAGUUGUAUAUCGCUGUACAAAAUUUACAUAGUUAUUUUAUACUACUUAACCCCCUACCCAGAACAAACACACACACACACAUACAGUGGUUCGUUUAUAGCGGCGAAUAUAGAAAACAGAAAUUAACUCUCUCCUUAUCUCACCACUACAAAGCAGAUGGAAAUGCUACAAGAGAGGAAAAAAACGUUAGCAUAAAAAAACUCGUAUUUGAAAUAAAUAACAAAACACAAAAAAACAAUACAUUUAUCGAAAAAAGUACACUCAAAGCAAACAAUAGAAAGGGGGAAGGAAAUCCAAUCCCUUCUCCUUGAUCUCUCGCGAGGCGACUGUAUCGGAACGAUGGACAGCGUAAAAGUUUUCAAAUUUUAAACAAUUACCACAAAGCUAGUUGAAGAAAAUAAAAAGCAGGAAGCUAGACAAAAAUGUAGCGAAGGUGACCCGUAAAAAAAAGAAGCAUUUUGAAUAGUGUUUGAUUGUACAUUAGAAUUCUUAGAUACAACAACAAGAUAAAAAGAACAAAAGCUGUAGAAAUCCUUCGUAAAUAUUAUACUAUAUGGCAAAACAUGUGUUCUAUGAUGAACCAAUUUGGUGUGUGUUGUGUGUGUGGAACCUUGUGAAGGCAGAUUAUUAGAAAGAUUAUUUUUAUGUACGCGAACGCAAGCGCCCACGGGCCGAAGUGUGUGAGUGAGAGUGACUUUGAAUGCAAAGUGGUUCUGUGCCGUGUCCGUUGUAAGAACAGCAUUAAAUGAGACAAGCAGGAACGAAUAAGCACACAAACACAGAGUUCCAUUGUGAAAUUAGCAAAUCAAGAAGAUUAAAAGACCUCACAGAAAUGACAAGAAGGCUUCAGUAAACGAAAAACAAGAAGAUGCCUGUUGAGUGGUGUGUAUGUGCGUAUGUAUAAAACUUUGUACAAACCACCCCCCCAAAAAAAAACCACUAUUAACAAGACGCAGGGAGAAAAGCACGAAACACGCAACGACAACAGAAUAGUGAACAAAUAGUGCAAACAACAACACACUGAACUAAUACAACAACUGCAGGCAUUACUACACACAGGCAAAUAUAGAGCGAUCAAGCGAAAGUUAAAUAUUAGUGGUCGAUGUAAAUACAGCAAUAGUUUCACAAAACUAACACCGUUCUAAUGGUUGGACUGAACUGAACAUACGAAGAAUGAUUGAAGAACUACACAACACAAUUGUAACCAAAACAACAUCCAAACAAUGCCGACACAUACACACACACAGAAUCCUUGAAUGAAUAUGUGUAUAAAAGCCGAACAACACCUCGAAACGUGGUUCCUGAUACCGCCACACACUAACCAUCCCUUUUGCAAACGAUGUGAUCGAUCAUCAUUUUACACACAUUACAGAAGGAAAAACAAAAACACAGACAUACGCUGGAGAUAAAUCAUGUGUAAAAUUAUGCUGUAAAGUAGACAACAUUAAGCCAAGCCACACAGAAGCGAAAAUAGAGAAAGUGUAUAUUAAUUACAGCACGCCGUGCCGCGGGAGGAACGAAAACGCACGUUCAACAGUGUGUACUCGGGUUAGAUUUGUUUUCUCUAUAAUGGACAGCAGUGUGGGAGGGGAGAAAAAAAUGGGGGAGGGUGUAAGAAACGGGGUAGAAUGGGGGUGUUAGGGAGAUAAAAGAUUCCACUAUAAAGCGGAUAUUCCACUCUGAAAACUUCACCAUUUUACCGCCAUUUAGUGGAAUAUCCUGAAGAACGUCAAGCGCGCGUAUACUGGGAAGUGAUAGGAAAUCUUAUACUUGUAAAAAAAAGAGAAGAAAAACAUGUAAUUUUUGUUAUAAAAUUCAAAUUUAGUAGGAAACUCUAAUGUGCGAUGCAUCCAUGCGGCAUAUGAUGAUCACUCGAUCUCAGUCACAGUCGCAAACAUGCAUUUUGCAUUUUCAGUUUUGCUGACAAAAUUUUUACGUUGUACAAAUUAAUCUCACACCACAACAACACGCAACCGGUGGUUUCGGUUUGUUUUAUAUUUGUAAAUUUCAUCGAAAAUGGAAAUGGAUGUUGUGUAAAAAAAAAUAAUGAAACCCCCCUCGCCGGAACAAGUAAUAUACAAGUAACACGAAGAAACUACUAAGUGUUGGAGUGUUUCACCGAAAGAUUUACACCGAUAUAUGUGUGUGUGUGAUGAGUUUGAUUGUUCAUUAGAAUAUUCGGAACUAUUAACUGAGUUUUGUUUUUUUCGUUUUCUGUUUGCACAUUUGUAUUUUAUGUAUUCCAGCAAAGGAAUCUAGUAUUGGGGAAAUUUUGUGAAAAAUUGUACAAAAAAAAAAACAGAAACCAUCUCCACUAAUAACACUCAGAAGGGGCGAGACAAACAAAUGCACCGAAACCCAGUGGGGGAAGUAUCGCAAGUUUUUUUUGGUUUGCCAUACAGCUUCUAAGUAGCACGAACGUUGGACAGUUAAAGACUUUAUCAGCUUCAAAACCCAACUCGGAUGAUAGAUCCUCGGAAGAAAAAAAAACGUGUGAUAUGUACAGAGCGUAAUGUGUAACAUAACAUUGAGGAAAACUCUUAAAAACAAACGAGGAAAAAGACAUUUUUUUUGUUUUGUUUUUAUAAAACAAAAGCUGUUUUAACCAAUGCUUUUCAGGGGUUGUUUAUGCUUAAAAGAUUUUAUUAAAAUGCUGCUUGAUCUUAAAUUUCCUCCCCUUGCGAUCGGAUUAUUGAUCAGUCAUGUUCCAAAUGUGUCCAGCGUUCGUGCUGCGGAUUGUGGUUCGGCAGAACAAUCUGCUUGCUGAUGACUUCACCCCGAGGGUGGAAAGUGUCCAUCUUUUGUGCUGAAAAGAUAGUCGCUCCCAGUCGCUGCCCAUCACAGCGGCGACAUCAUUGUGUAUAAAUUGUUUUAAACUGUACAAAAAAAAGAAGAAAAACAAAGGAAGAAAGAGAAAUCACAACACACAACACAUAACGCAAAACAGAAACGCGGAUGCAUUCCUCUUCGUUUUUGGAGGGAAAGGUAGAGCAAAAAGGUGAAUUCCCGAUCAAAAAAAAGGAAGAAGAGGAUACGAAUGGUACACAAAACAAUCCCCCUUUUACGAACGCUUUACAAGAAACGAACUUACUUACGAAUGGAGCGCGUUUACAAAACUCAUCCCCGAAUCUGAUUAUUAUCUGUAAAUUAACGCAAGAAAGAGAGAAGAUUCGUUAACGCUAAGCGAGCAAAACGAAAAUUUUGUAUGAAAUUAUCCAACAAUUGAACUGUGAUUUUUUUCUACUUGCACCCAACAACGGAUUCCUCUUCUAGCCCCCCAAAAACCACCCAUCUACAAUCCCAAACCUCCCUCUUCCCCUCCGAUCAUACGAAUUCGGUUUCGAUGCGAAAAAACACACAAAGGACAUAUGAAAAGAAAGGGAAACUCAGAACAGAACCUCACCAGAAGAGGCACACAAACAAGGUUUGCCGACACUGCCAACAAACCGUUCUGCUGUUCCGGCAAUUGGUAAUUGUAAUUGUGUUUUAUUGUAAAAUUUGUAACGUUGUAAAAUUGUCUGCUUCUUGUUCCUGUAGUUACUGCUGCUACUGUAAAGUGUACAUUUUUAACAAAAACAAAACAAAGUUUAAAUUAUUUUACUUUUUAUUCUUUCGGAGGCUGCUGUUGGGCCACUCUUUGCUUUUGGGUGCAUGUUUGUCGAUCAAUUUCGUUUAAUUGUGAACAAAAUAGAUGAAUCAAUUUCUCCCUUUUCUAUAACACGUUUGUACUGUUUGUUUUUGCACAUUUCAAAGAGUGUCUUUUUAAAAGGAACAAAAACAAGCUUCAACAAUUAAGCUACUUACAGCAAACAAAUAGAAACCUUUCUCGAAGCAGCCUCUACAACUGGGUUCCCCGAUCAGCAAGUGUACUUCUCCUAGAGCUAAAACGGCACGAACCAACAGAGAAGGGGUGGUUUAGGAAGAAAAGAAUGCACACCCCCAACAAAAAAAAACCUUUCCCAUUCAUUUAUACAGGUCUACAAAUAGGGCACAAUGAAGGUGCAAAAUAGAUUUUUGUUAACGAAAAUUACAACAACAGAAACAAGAACAAAAUAAUUCAGUUUAAAAUACUGAGUAAAGUAAGCAAAAGUUUGCCUUAAAAUCGAGAGAAGAAAAAACAAACAAACUCAACACACAAGUAAAAGAACCGAAAGAAGCGAACAGGAAAGCGAAAGUUGUAGGAAAAACAAAUUUAGCUUGAGCAAACAUAUAAAACCAACAACACACAACCACACAAUGUCUCCCCAAAAGAAACCAUCAAAUCCCAUCUGAUGGCGUGUUAACAAAAAAAGCAAAAUGGAAAACCUAAGAUCCGCGUAAAAGAGUGUGCAAAAAGACAGGAAAAUAUGAACAAGGAGGAAAACAAUCGCAAACAGGAAACUCAUUUAUCAUUGCAAUACAGUGAGAUUGUCACCACGAAAACAAUGGAAAAUUCACAAAAAAAAGAAAACACAUGCAAAUACUACCACGCGGCAAAAGUUGUACCGUUUUGUGAGGUUUGCUUUAAGAAGUUUUUCUCCAUUAUAACGUACGUGAACAACCGAGAAACCGUCUCUGCAAAAUGGUGAUGAAAAUUCAAAGCAUACAUGCAAACAUUUUAAUAUGUUUGUAUUUUUUUUUUGUUUUCGAUUUAUUUGUAAGUUCCAUUUUGAGUAAACUAGGGUUUUGUAACUUAUCCUCAUCCAUACAUAUAAAUAUAUUUUUGUCUCUUUUGUCAAUUGUAACUCAUACGAAUUUAGUUAUUUAAGUUUGAGCAUUAGCAUUUUUGUAUGAAAUCGAAUUAUUCGAUGUAGAAAACACUAAAAGAGGUGAACUAUCCAAUUUUCGUUGGAUUUAUGCUCUGCUAGUGUGUGCGUGUGUGCGUGAAAUAGUUUGUGUGUUUUUUUUUAAUUUGUGUUUAGUGUUGCGAUGAAAACGUACAGCAGAGUUUGCAAAGAAUACAACCAAGAAACUAGAAAAAAAGCGAAAACUAAAAUCACAGAGGCAACUAACCUUUUCUGAUGAUUGGCGGGUGAGCCUCUACAGAAUACAAAACAAAAUAACAUAAGCAUAAAAAGUUGCAAAACAUUUGAUAACCGAUUCGAAGAACGAACACAUACACACACAGAGAAAGAGAGUAGGAUCAAAUAGCAGCAGUUGGCAAAAAGCGGCUAAGAGCAACAACAAACAAAAUGAAGCAAAAGGAGCACACACUCACACACGGCUAUAAAUAAAAAAACAACAACAUAUAAAUAUGAAAGUAAUAUUAAUUUGAACAUAACUAUAAAUAUUAUGAUACUAUCAAACAAAUAAAUUUUCUGUAACAUUGAAGAAAUAAUAA